AUGCUGUAUGUGGAACAAGCUCUUAUUGAUAUGCAUGCAAAAUGUGGGUGUAUAGAGAAGUCUCUUGAGGUAUUUUACGGGUUACAUGAUAAAGAUACAGCUUCAUGGACAUCAAUUAUAUUUGCACUUUCCUUAAACGGAAAGUCCAGUUUAGCAUUGAAGCUGUUCUCUGAGAUGAAUGAAUCAGGGUUUAGGCCUGAUGAUAUUACUUUCAUAGGUGUUUUGAAUGCAUGUAGACAUGGGAGAUUGGUGGAGGAAGGGUGGAAGCAUUUUGAAUCAAUGAAAUCAGUGUAUGAAAUUGAACCAAAGAUAGAACACUACGGGUGUUUAAUUGAUCUUUUAUGUCGAGCUGGGCUACUGAAAGAAGCAGAAAAGAUAGCCAACAAAAUCCCAAGGGAGAAAGAUGAGAUGUUAAGUGAAAUUGAAGGUGGCGAUUCGAGUAUUCAUACGCUUUUGGCUAACAUUUAUGCUUCUGUUGGGAGAUGGGAAGAUGUGAAGAAGGUAAGAAGGAAAAUGAGAGGUGAUGGAGUUAGAAAGGAGCCUGGGUGUAGUUCUAUUGAGGUUAAUGGAAAUGUUUAUGAGUUUCUUGCUGGAGAUGUUUCUCAUCCUGAAAUGAAUGAUAUUUGUUUCUGUUUGAAAACAUUGUUUAAAUAG